UUGAAGAGGGCAGCCCUCAGAUCCGCGCAGGCGCAGACUGUGCCGCGAGCCAAGAUGUCGGGCUCCAAGUAUAAGCCGGCGCCUCUGGCCACCCUCCCUAGUACCCUCGACCCGGCCGAGUAUGACGUGUCUUCGGAGACCCGAAGGGUGCAGGUCGAGCGCAUGAGCCUCAGGGCCCGGCUUAAACGAGAGUAUCUGCUUCAGUUCAACGACCCCAAUCGCCAAACGCUCAUCGAAGAUCCUGCUUUGCUUCGUUGGACCUACGCAAGAUCAGCAAAUAUUUAUCCUAAUUUCAGACCCACCCCCAAGAAUUCACUUUUAGGAGCUCUGGCAGGAUUUGGGCCCCUCAUCUUCUGGUAUUUCAUUUUCAAAACGGACAGAGACAGAAAGGAAAAACUUAUCCAGGAAGGAAAAGUGGACCGAACAUUCAACCUCUCCUGUUAAGUUUAGCGAGGAUGACUCUAUUCUUGCAUAAAUAAAUCUUCUGUUAGUCGCUGAA